AUUCUGUCCCCACAUUUCCUAUAUAAAAGUAUGUGUUCUAUUCUACACAUUCUAUAGACUUGCUCCCCAACUAAGAGCGUUAAUGGUUCUAUUUCUUCAAGAAAUUCAAAAAAUGGCUCACUUGAGGGAACUGUUAUUAUUUUUCCUAGUUUCUAUAACACUAGUAGCAGCAGCAACAAGUUUUUCCAAAGUAGAAACCGGCGAAGAAGCACGGCGAGAGGCGGACAGAGUGACCAGCUUGCCUGGACAACCGCCGGUGAGAUUUAGGCACUAUUCCGGUUAUGUUAAUCUGAGACGCAAUGAUCAGAAGGCAUUGUUCUACUGGUUUUUCGAAGCUGAAGAUGGUGUCUCACAAAAGCCUCUUGUUCUUUGGCUAAAUGGAGGACCUGGAUGCUCCUCCAUAGCCUACGGUGCAGCACAGGAACUUGGCCCUUUUCUUGUUCGCAGAGAUGGGAGUCAGCUUAUCCUUAACAAGUACUCUUGGAACAAAGUUGCAAAUAUGUUAUUUCUGGAAGCACCAGUGGGUGUGGGCUUUUCGUACACAAACAAUUCCAAAGAUUUGCAUGAGCUUGGUGAUCGAGUUACAGCAGAUGAUUCUCAUGCCUUCUUAAUAAAUUGGUUUAAAAGGUUCCCAAGUUUCAAAUCUCAUAAUUUUUAUAUAGCAGGGGAGAGCUAUGCUGGUCAUUAUGUACCCCAGCUAGCUGAGCUCAUCCAUGAUAGAAACAAAGAAGCCACCAAAGACUCUCAUAUAAACCUCAAGGGCUUCAUGAUUGGAAAUGCUGUGAUUCAUGAUGAAACGGAUUUAUCCGGCAUUGUGGACUACGCAUGGAGUCAUGCGAUCAUAUCAGACCAUCUCUAUCACAACGUAAAGGAAUGUGCUUUUAAGCAAACAGUUGAUGCUGCUGCUGCAAGCAAUUGCUCUGCCCAUUUCAAAGGAUUCAUGGAUGCCUAUUCUGGGAUCGAUAUUUAUAGCAUCUACACUCCGGUUUGCCUCACUUCUUCUCAAUCCUCUAGGAAACUCGUCUUCGGGCCUCGUCCCCUAGCAAUACAUGACCUCUGGCACAUGCUGCCAUCAGGCUACGAUCCAUGUACUGAAGGCUAUGCUGAAAAAUUUUUCAACAGAGAAGAUGUGCAGAGCGCCCUUCAUGCCAAUGUCACCAAAUUGUCCUAUCCUUACACUCCAUGCAGCCGUGUGAUUGAGAGGUGGAAUGACUCGGCGGAUACAAUAUUGCCAAUCAUUCGCAAGCUCAUGAAUGCCGGAUUGCGCAUCUGGGUCUACAGUGGGGACACAGAUGGGAGAGUGCCGGUGACAUCAACAAGGUACAGCAUCAACAAAAUGAGGUUAAAAAUAAAGGAAGAAUGGAGGGCGUGGUUUCAUAAAACUCAAGUGGCAGGUUGGGUGGAGACAUAUGAAGGUGGCCUCAUAUUGGCCACUGUGAGAGGUGCUGGCCAUCAGGUCCCUGUCAUUGCACCUCAACAGUCUCUCUCUCUCUUUUCCCAUUUCCUCUCUGGCAAGACCUUGCCCAGUUUUUAGCUCACCGGCAAUUAUUAUAUAUUCAAUGUUUUCCAGACCAAAUUAAAUAUUAUUAUUUCAAUGUAGACAUUUUGGAUUAUUGCAUGGUAGAGAUCAAUAUGAUAUCAGAUAGUAUAAUUGCUAUAUUUUUUAUUAA